CCCCCCCCCCCCCCGCUCCCUUAUGAACCCCCCGGCGGCCCCCGCUGAGGGGCCGGCCCCGGCCGUGCCGUCCGGCGUGGAGCUGGGGCUGACGGCCGUCCACACGGCGCUGUGCGCCUCCCUCUUCCUCUUCGCCUACCUGCAGCUCUGGCUGCUCCUCUACUACCGGCAGCGGCGGCUGAGCUACCGCACCCUCUGCCUCUUCCUCGGCCUCCUCUGGGCCGCCCUCAGGACCACGCUCUUCUCCUUCUGCCUGCAGGGCUCCCCCCGGGCCCUCCGCCUCCAGCAGCCCUUCGCCCACUGGCUGCUCUACUGCCUGCCCGGCUGCCUGCUCUUCUGCAGCCUCUGCCUCCUCACGCUCUACUUCGCUGAGGUCAUAUUCAAAGUGAAAUGUGCAGCUGAAUUCAACAAGUACAAGGUCCUCUUGUAUCUGGGCUCCAUACUUACCAGCCUCCUCUUCCUCGUGGUGAACCUGACCUGUGCAAUGCUAAUCCACGGCGGGGUCCCACAGGACCAGCUGAGGUGGACGGUCCUUGCCCGUGCCCUGGUCAACGACAGCCUCUUCAUUCUCUGUGCAAUCUCCCUGGCUUGCUGCAUGUGCAAACUGGGAAAGAUGUCUUCAGCAAACGUCUACCUCGAGUCCAAGGGAACAUCUGUCUGCCAAGCUAUUCUUGUGGGAUCUGUAGUCGCUCUUCUGUAUUCCUCAAGGGCUUGCUAUAACCUGGUAGCUGUGGCCAUAUCUCCGGACAGUGUUCCCGGUCCGUUUAAUUACGGCUGGGACAACCUUUCUGACAAGGUGCACGUGGAAGUGAGCAGCGAAGAAUACGUCGUGUUCGGAGUGGUCCUCUUCCUCUGGGAGCUGGUGCCAACAACCUUCGUGGUGCUGUUCUUCCGGGCUCAGAGACUGAGUCAGAACUUGACUCCAGCAGGAAUGGUCAAUAGUCACAGUUACAGCUCCAGAGCCUACUUCUUCGACAAUCCAAGGCGCUACGACAGCGAUGACGACUUGUCGCGGCUUGGGGCCAGAGAAGGAGGCUUGGCCACCCCUCAGUGCUCUGGCUGCUACGGGUCCCUGGCUGGGAACGACAGCUACGCGGCGGGUCCCCAGCUCGGCGGGGCUGCUGCAGACAGUGCCCCCUUGCUCUUUGCUGCAGGCGGCUCGGAGGCCAACACCCAGCACAGCUCGUACCCCGCGCCGCAGAACUGAGGAGGCUGUGCGAGGCCCUUUUCCUCCCAGAAGUGGCAUUCGUGUAUAGGAUUGUAACCUGUAUUUUUUCUCUCCCUCUUCCCCUGAAGCAUCUAACUCAUUGACACAAACAUUCCACUACCUGCCGCGGCCGCAAGCGGGACUGAGCCUAUGGCCGUGGGCAGUAAGCGAGAGAACUGUGACUUUAAGGUACCAUGUAGCAAAGUGAAGCUGAACUCUCUGGAAGCUUUUUCUUGGUCUGGUCUUCAAGAUGUUGGCAGCUAAAUGCACCAGAGCUUCCUCACUAGAAAA